UCGGCUGCUUCACCAGCGCUGCAGGUUGAUUCUAUUGCCCCUAUUUCCUGUCACAUGGGUCGGAAACAGGAUCCCUGCUUUCUACUAUCUGGUCGUGUCUUUGGAGUGUCAGUCUAGCAGUGGCAGUGGAGACCUGUUUUGAAGUUGAGGGACUUUUUAUAACGUGGGCCAACAAGUCUCUGCUGCGCAGACCCGGACAGUCUCUGAGUCAGAGAGAGUCAGAGAGAGUCCGGCUCUUUACUCCGCCGGUCUGCGCAUCCGUCCGUCAGACUGCGCUUCACCUGAGGCUCACUCCACUCUCUAAACACACCAUGGAUUCCUGGACAGUCGCCGCUUCUUUCCUUCUCAUUGGCUUUAUUUCUUCUGCAGCCCUGAGUCAUUUCGACACUGAGUGUUAUACAGCCAAUGGAGAGGACUACAGGGGGCUCCAGAACCAGACUAGUCUGUAUGGAGGGAAACCCUGUCUCUUCUGGAAUGAGACCUUCCAGCACCCGUACAAUACGCUCAAGUACCCCAACGGGGAGGGCGGAUUAGGCAGCCACAACUAUUGCAGAAAUCCGGAUGGAGAUGUCCAGCCCUGGUGUUACAUUGCAGACACUGAAGAUGGCGUCUACUGGAGAUACUGUGACAUCCCUACCUGUCAGAUGCCUGGGAACUUGGGCUGCUUCAAAGACAGUGGUGAUCCACCCACUCUGUCAGGAACCAGUGAGACUUCCAACAAGCUCACUAUUCAAAACUGUAUCAGCUUUUGUAGAAAGCAGAGAUACAAGCUCGCAGGCAUGGAAUCCGGAUAUGCCUGUUUCUGUGGAAAUGAGGUUGACCUGCAGGACCAUGGGGAGUCGCCGAGCAAGGAGUGCAACCAUGUUUGCUUUGGAGACCACACCCAGCCCUGCGGUGGAGAUGGCUGGGUCAUCGUCUUUGAUACUCGAGUAGGGGCCUGUGGGGGGAACUACACCUCUCCGUCAGGAGUCAUCUACUCUCCUGACUUCCCAGACAAAUACGGAGCCAGCCGCGUGUGCUACUGGACCGUCCAGGUCCCCGAAGCCUUCGCCAUCCUCUUCAACUUCACUUUCUUCGAUAUUUCCGAUCAGACGGACAUGGUGGAGCUACUGGACGGCUACACCAACCAGGUGGUGGCGCGCUUUGACUGGCGUAGCCCACCACGGGAGCUGGUGAACAUCACGGGCAACUUUGUCAUUCUCUACUUUUACUCUGACCGCACCAACCAGGCCCAAGGCUUUGCUCUGCUUUACCAGGCACUGAGAAGCCAAGACACCAGAACACUAGAGGCUGAAGGAGUGGAUGACGAUGAAGGUGAGGACGUCUCCAGCACAGUAGGCCCAAGGCUGGCAGGUGGCGUCACCGAGAGAUCCAACAGCACCUCCAACGGACGCUCCCAGAUCCUCUACGUGAUCACGUCCAGCCCCGGUAAACCGGAGCACAACAUGCCAGGUCAGUGGGCUGGACGCGGCGAGACCAACGGCCACAGCGCUAUGUGGACCAUCUACGCCCUGGCUGCCCUCCUCAUCGUGACCGUCAUCGCCAUGGUAGCCAAGCUGCUGCUGCACAUGACAGUCAAAUCUCCCAACAUCUCGACAGUCAGCAGUUCAGACACCUGCAGCCAGAGCACGACCUCCUCUGAGCCCUGGAUCAUCCAGUACCGUCCUUCCACUAUCUCCCUUUUCAAGAAAAAACUAAAGAACCACCACGGAGACCUAAGCCCCCUGGUGGGUAACUAGCAUCAUUACAACAUCCCUCCACGCACCAAAUGCCACCGUCACCCACAACUCU